GCCCCUUCCGCUUCCGCAUCUUGAACGGUCCAGGCUGGAGGCCGUGACCGGAAGCAGUAUUUUUGAAUGAUACAAGUUUUUAUAAACCUUUGCCUGGAGCAAGAAGAGGAGGAAUGGCGUCUGCAAAAGUGAGGAUGACCAAGAACAAGGAUAACAUCCCCCACGAGUUAGAAAGCCAGUUUGUUUUGCGGCUGCCUCCGGAAUAUGCUUCUACGGUGCGGAGGGCUGUUCAGUCUGGGAGCGUCAACUUGAAGGACAGGCUCACAAUUGAAUUGCACGCGGAUGGGCGUCAUGGAAUUGUGCGAGUAGACCGUGUCCCCUUAGCUGCCAAGUUGGUGGACUUGCCCUGCACCAUGGAAAGCUUGAAAACCAUCGAUAAGAAGACCUUCUACAAGACGGCUGACAUUUGCCAGAUGCUUGUGUGCACUGUGGAUGGAGACCUCUACCCUCCUUUGGAGGAACCACCCGUUAGUACUGAUGCUAGAGCCAACAAGAAGAAGGAUAAGGACCGGGAGAAGAAGUUUAUCUGGAAUCAUGGCAUUACGCUCCCGUUGAAGAACGUCCGAAAGAGGAGGUUCCGAAAGACGGCUAAGAAGAAGUAUAUCGAGUCUCCAGACGUAGAGAAAGAAGUGAAACGUCUUCUCAGCACGGAUGCCGAAGCCGUCAGUGUCCGCUGGGAAGUGAUUGCCGAAGAUGAAACGAAGGAAGCCGAGAAUCAUGGGUCAUUUACAGGCCUGGAUAUUUCUUCUCCUGGCAUGACCGGACAUAAACAAGGCCAUGGAUCUUCAGCAGAACGUGACGAACUCCGGGAGAUGUUCAAUGAAAUCAGCAGCAGCAGCAGCGAUGAAGAAGAGAGAGAUCACCAUGACGACGAAGAUCUGAACGUGAUGGAUACAGAGGAAGACUUGGAGAGGAGGCUGCAGGGCAAGCUGAACGAAUCCAGUUCCCAGCAGCAAGAGAACGAAGGAACCAGCCAAAUCGCGGCUGGAAUCCAAAAGCAAAUUGACAACCUGAAGGGCAAGCUGCAGGAGACCCAGGAACGACGGAAACGCCAAGAAGACCUCAUCAUGAAAGUGGAGAAUCUGGCACUCAAGGUGAUUCUGGAAUUAAUGGAUUUUUAAUCCCACCUUUAUCAU